GCGCCAGAGCCGCGGCUGGUGCUGCGCGGAGCCCGGCGCCGCUGCCGCCCCGCGCCCCGGGACGCCGCCGGGCCCGGCCCCGCGCGCGCAGCGAGCGGGGCAGGUGAACUGCGCCCGGCGCCAUGGCAGCCUCAGGGGCGGUUGGAAGAUGCGACAUCCUCAUCGUGUACAGCCCGGAUGCCGAGGAGUGGUGCCAGUACCUCCAGGACCUCUUUCUGGCCAGCCGGCAGGUGCGCAGCCAGAAGAUGCUGACUUACAGGCUGAGCUCCGACACCUCCUUCUCGGCCAAGGACCUGAACUUCUUCCUCGGCGCCCGCUGUGUCGUGGUGCUCCUGUCCGCCGAGAUGGCGCAGUGCUUCUGCCGGCCGGCCCUGCUGCCCCCGCUGCAGAGAGCCUUCCACCCGCCCCACCGCGUGGUGCGGCUGCUGUGCGGGGUGCAGGACAGCGAGGAGUUCCUGGACUACUUUCCCGACUGGGCGCACUGGCAGGAGCUCACCUGUGACGACGAGCCUGAGACCUACGUGGCAGCGGUGAAGAAGGCCAUUUCCGAAGAUUCUGGCUGUGAUUCAGUCACUGACACUGAGACUGAGGACGAGAAGGUCCCUUCCUACUCGAAGCAUCAGAACCUGCCACAGCAGACUUCACCUGGGAACCUGAUGGUGGUGCAGCCGGACCGUAUUCGCUGUGGGGUGGAAACCACUGUCUACGUCAUCGUGAGAUGUAAGUUGGAUGAGAGGGUGACAACAGAAGCAGAAUUUUCUCCUGAGGAUUCUCCCUCCGUCCGGGUGGAAGCCAAGCUGGAGAAUGAAUACACCGUUUCUGUGAAGGCUCCCAGCCUCUCCUCUGGAAAUGUUUCCUUGAAGAUCUAUUCCGGGGAUUUAGUGGUGUGUGAAACUGUGAUCAGUUAUUAUACUGACAUGGAAGAGAUUGGGAAUUUAUUGUCCAAUGCAGCAAAUCCAGUGGAGUUUAUGUGUCAGGCCUUUAAAAUUGUGCCCUACAACACGGAGACCCUUGAUAAACUGCUCACUGAGUCUCUGAAGAACAACAUCCCUGCGAGUGGACUGCACCUCUUUGGAAUUAACCAACUGGAAGAAGAAGAUAUGAUGACAAAUCAGAGGGAUGAAGAGUUGCCCACCUUGUUGCAUUUUGCUGCGAAGUAUGGGCUCAAGAACCUCACUGCCUUGUUGCUCACCUGCCCGGGAGCCCUACAGGCAUACAGUGUGGCCAACAAGCAUGGCCACUAUCCCAACACCAUUGCUGAGAAACAUGGCUUCAGGGACCUGCGGCAGUUCAUCGAUGAGUAUGUGGAAACUGUGGACAUGCUGAAGAGUCACAUCAAAGAGGAACUGAUGCAAGGGGAGGAGGCUGAUGCCGUGUACGAGUCCAUGGCCCAUCUCUCCACAGACCUGCUCAUGAAAUGCUCCCUCAACCCCGGCUGUGACGAGGAGCUCUACGAGUCCAUGGCUGCCUUUGUGCCUGCUGCCACCGAAGACCUCUAUGUUGAAAUGCUUCAAGCCGGUACAUCUAAUCCAAUCCCUGGAGAUGGUUUCUCUCGGACCACUAAGGACUCUAUGAUCCGCAAGUUUUUAGAAGGUAACAGCAUGGGAAUGGCCGGUUUGGAGCAGGAGCUGCACCACGGAGGUCCAGAAGAAGAUGUGUAUCACACGGUGGAUGACGAUGAGGCCUUUACUGUGGACCUGGCCAACAGACCCCCUGUGCCGGUGCCCAGGCCUGAGGCCGGUGCCCCUAGCACUCACCACCUGCCUGACAAUGAGCCAUACAUUUCUAAAGUUUUCGCAGAAAAAAGUCAAGAGCGGCCUGGGAAUUUUUACGUUUCCUCAGAGAGCAUCCGGAAAGAGCCUCUCGUCCGACCAUGGAGGGACAGGCCUCAGUCAAGUAUAUAUGACCCUUUUGCUGGGAUGAAAACACCAGGCCAGCGGCAGCUGAUCACCCUCCAGGAGCAGGUGAAGCUGGGCAUCGUCAACGUGGACGAGGCUGUGCUCCACUUCAAAGAGUGGCAGCUCAACCAGAAGAAGCGGUCGGAGUCCUUCCGCUUCCAGCAGGAAAAUCUUAAACGGCUGAGAGACAGCAUCACCCGAAGACAAAGGGAGAAGCAAAAAUCAGGGAAGCAAGCAGACUUGGAGAUCACCGUCCCAAUUCGGCACUCACAGCACCUGCCUGGGAAAGUGGAGUUUGGAGUCUAUGAGAGCGGCCCCAGGAAAAGUGCCUUUCCCCCAAGGACGGAGCUAAGGCGAGGAGACUGGAAAACAGAUAGUACCUCCAGCACAGCAAGCAGUGCGAGUAACCGAUCCAGCACCCGGAGCCUCCUCAGCGUGAGCAGUGGGAUGGAGGGAGACAAUGAGGAUAAUGAAGUCCCUGAGGUUCCCAGAAGUCGUAGCCCGGGCCCCCCACAAGUGGAAGGAACACCCGCCGUGCCCCUUGAAAGGCCCCCCAGAGUACCUCCCCGAGCUGCCUCACAGAGGCCUCCAACCAGGGAGACCUUCCAUCCUCCUCCUCCUGUUCCACCCAGAGGUCGCUGAUUCCACCUCCUAAAACCUGCCGAUGUCCGGACUUGGUGACUUGCAAUUUCAGCCCAUUAAUGAUGUCUUCGCAUUGAGUUUCACGGCGGGACUGCUGACCUUAAGACCUCCUCUCGUGACUGAUGUUGUUGUGGCCCAGCUGGUUUGGGCUUUCCUUGGAGAAGAUAUUAUUAAGGCAUGAAGAAGUAAAGGCCUUUAUUCACCAUCACCAAGUAUAUUGAUCCAUAUCCUUGUUUGCCAAAAGGAUAAAGACUUAAUUGGAAUAUUUACCUCAAAUCUGGCAUGUCAGAAGCCUGAAAAGAUGGGUCAGAAGUGUACUUUACAAGUGAUUUUACCGAAAUGCACUUAUAUUAGGACUUACUUAUUUGCUAGUCCAGACUAACUUCUAGAAGUGGUUAUGAUUUAAGACUUACAAUAUUUGUGUAAGGAGAUAUAUCCUGCUUUUUAAAUGAUUCUUCAACUUUUCUAUAGAAUCAGGAGGGUGUCUAAAUGCCAGACCUGGUCACAUAGAACAAACUGAAAAAGACUUUAGAGAUGGAUUAGUCCUAACUCCUUUUCUGUGGAAGGCAAAUCCGAGGUUCCACAGAAACUAAGAGUUUAUAAUUGGUUAGAGGAAGAGAUGUGUUCAGUAGAAUCUGGGUCUCUUAAUUUCAGUCACCACACUUCAAUCUCUAGAUAGCCAAUCGCUCUCCCUCAAGAAAUGCCCACGUGUAGAAAUUUGGUCACCAACUGAUGAUUGACCUUCCAGAAAUAUCCUUCUUCCAUAUUUCCCAGGCAUGGGAUUAUCAAGUAUUUUUUUCAACUUGUGCAUUUAUACUUCGAUAUGCUUUCAAAAUAGUAUUUUUGCCAAGGAACAUCUGUAAAUGGUUGGGAACCAGAAGCUUGGGAUACCAAUGACCACAUUAUUGUUCUGCAGCCUUCAUAGGUCUUAUUAGUUCUGACCAUAAGGAGAAAGAAAGAUCCUUGACUCUUUCUCUGCCAAGAGAUCAAAAGAGAAAGGAGGAAUGUAAAAUAGAAACAGUUAUCUAUUUCCUUAUUAUUACCAGUAGACUUGGAAUAUCUGUGCAGAGAAUAGAGAGCCAUUAAUAUGUCAUAAUUGUCAUAUGUCACUAAUAUGUCAUUAAUUUUGAGUCACUGGCACAGAAAUCUACCUUUAAAGCACAAAUCCUUAAUUUGAUACUUAAACAUACAGUAAAGUUAGUAUCAGACAUAUUUCUUUAAAAAACAUCAGAAAUCUGGUGAUUGUUCAUGAAAUUAUUCUCUAUCCCACACAGAUAUAUACAAGCCCAGUAUUAGUGAUCUAUUUAAGUACAGUUUUAUUGUGUCCUUUUCUAAUGAUUCAGGGUUGUUGUUGUGGGUUGUUUUCCAGUUUCAUUCAUCGGUCCAGCAAACCAGGACUCAUAUUGAAAUUAAUAGCUUAUGGGUCGUGGGUCUUUUUUCUGACAUAAAAUACACUAUUGGCUGUGGCCAUUAAAAGAGUGUUUUGCAAAUCACCUACCAAAAUGCCUGGCACACUGUAGCCAUUCUGCAGUGGUUCCUUUAACCUCCUUCUCACUUAUUUGGGAGAAGGAGGAUAAUGUGGGGUAGGGGGAGAACAAGAAAUUAUAACAUUGGUAUGGUUGUCCUUCCUAUUAUUUAUAGAUGAUCUCUUAAGCACAUUUAAUUUUGAGAAAAGCUACACUUUUUUAAAUAUUCAGUAUCUCUAGGCCCCUUCUUAGAGGCCAAAUUUAGAUUUUUGUACAUUCUCUGAUUAAUAAGUAUUUAGGUCAAUAACACGGCAAAACUUACUGCCAGCUCAUGGUGUUAGCAUCUUCGUAUGCACAUCACUGUUUGUGCAAUAUUGGAAUAUUUGAUUAUAUUUUCUUCUUCUGUGAGAGUAGUAGAAAACAUAAAAUUGAAAAUGCUGUUUAGAAACUUGGGUCUGACAAAUGUGAUACACUUGAGACAUGGGUGAAAAUGGUCAGGUGUUCACUGCAUAUCCAAACUGCUCCAUGUUGUAAAGAAUGGCUCCAACAAUGAGGUAAAAUUCUUCAUUUCCUGGAAACAGAAGUACCCAUUAUAACAUAAACUUAUUCAACUUCCACACAACUUUCAUACACAUUUUUAGGAAUACAUUAUGUAACAAAACCAUGUAUUUCAGUACAGUGAGGAUCAGAAACGAAAUUGUAAGUAGAUAUCCAAAGACACUGUUAAAAAAGUUCUCUGUAUGAGGCUCUGGGAGACAACUCAGUGGCCGCCAUCCUUCCCCAAGAUUUUAUGAGCUGGUUCAAUAGAAAGAAGCUAUUCAUUAUAGUCAUGGUCAUUGCCUUUGUUUCUAACUGUACAAGGCCUACUGUCCUUCAGCUUCUAGGCCAGUAUUCUUCCUUCAUCUCGUAUUAAAACCUGUGAGAAGACAACCCAACAAUAUAAGCAACAAAGCACGAAGACUGAGACUAUAAGAGGUUGGUGUUGCAAUCAAAUAAUUUAACUUGACAUAUUUAAUGGUGUGAAUAAUCCCUAAUGCUUUGCCAUAAUUAGGCAAAAUGAUAGUAUGUAAAUUACCUCAGUGAGUAGUUUUACAAGUCAAGCUAAGUACUUAUUCUCCCCUCCACUCUUGCUUUGUUACUAAAAAAGGGAGGUUCUAGCCUUUCCUGUAUCACUUCACUAGCUGGGAUUUUUAGAUCCCGCUCCCAUAUGCACCGGGGAAUGAGAUGGUUUUCUGUGGUCCUCUUUCAGAGACUAGUGUGUGGUUUUGCAGCUGAUUGGCUGAGGAAGCAUUAAUAACAGAUUUGUCUCAGUCUGAGAACCAACUGUUUUAAGUCAUUGCUUCCCAAAGAAAGAACUUAAGAACAAUUACAGAGUUUUUUCCAUGCCUAGGGCAUUUCAGGUAGAACAGAAAAGAGAGGUACACAGCAAGGAAUAGCAACGGAAGGACUGUCCCACCCCAGAAGUAAAUAACUAGAAAGACAAACAUAACGAAGCCGAAAGAAGAAACAGACUUUCAAAGAAAAGGUGAUCUGAAACUAGCCCUUCUACAACGCUUGUCUUGAGCAGCCAUAAGGCAAGUAGAUCUCCCCCACUUGCCCACCAGAGUCUUAAAAGUUCAUAUAGAGAGGCCUUAACUGGGUUCAGUCACAUAUACUGUCCAGAUGGUCUCAACAACAUCUUACUCACUCAAGGCUAUGUUCGUGGAGCAGCUCCCAUUUUGGAAAUGGUAGACAGAGUAUAUUUUCAAAAACAGGGAAGGGGGUGAGGAUCCUCUAACUGCUAGGGUACAGUGUAAGGGUCGAGACUGGCGGUCACACUCUCUCAAUUACCUUCUCCAACAGUACCUGAUAUUGGAAAUCAGAAGAUAUACAUUGUUAUUUAUAGACCAAGACUUUUGAAGAUCAUGUUCAUUAGAAAUGAAAAUAAAAGAUUGAAAUGG